CAUUGUUCUCGGCUACCUGGACAAUAUAGUGACCCUCGUGAUCGCUUUGUUUAUUUCGACCAACUAAGUAGACCUACAACAUCAAAUAGUCAAUGAGUUCUUGUGUAGUUAAAACACGGACACAUUGAUGUAGUAAAACUACUACAGACCUACUACUAGUGUAAACCUGCUUGUUACUUAAAAGGAUUUUUUUUUUUUUUUGCUGGUGUCAACUUGAGGCUGAACUACAUCUUCAGUCAGCUGUUUAAAUUAUUGUUUUGUUGUUUGUUUUUUUCGGAUUGACAAACAAUAUGUAUGUUUUAGUGUGAUUUAAUGAUAUUUACACUAUGUGAAGGAGAUUAGUUAAUCCGAAGAUGUCAACAAAAUCUUCGCUUUGAAAUUCCCUAACUUUUUUGGUAGUGUGCGCCGCACUGUGGGGAAAAAAAUGAGUGCUGGAAACAACCGGACGAUCGACUCCACAUCCUCCAGCCACGCCGCGGGGCAUCCCGUGGUCAGCCAGCCUCUCGAUGUGUCAACGACCACCUGGUUCUCGACGUUGGAAUCCCAAGUAGGUAUGGAGCAACAGCAGCAGAAUCAGCAGACCAGACUGGGGCCCAAUUCCAGAAACUGGAGUUCAGGACUCUGUGACUGCACUGAAGACAGAAAAAUAUGCUGCAACGGAUUUUGGUGUCUCCCGUGUCUAGCAUGCCAGGUGUCUCAAGACAUGGGCGAAUCCUUUUGUUUACCCUGCUGUGUGCCGUGCGCUUAUCUGUAUGUCCUUAGAACGAAGAUUCGGAUGGAACAGAACAUCACAGGGAGCACCAUGGAUGAUUGCUGCCCAGUUUGCUGUUGUCCUUCAUGCACGCUGUGCCAACUGGCCAGAGAGCUGAAAUAUACCCAGCGGAGUGAUAUGAUGAUGACCAGCUGGAGACCAAGGCAUGCACACAGUGACGACAGACAAGACAUGAACGUGUAGAGAGACCCACCAUUUGUAUGUUCCGAGAGUGCAGAAAAAAAAAUUGAAGAAACAAGACAAAAAUUAGGAACAUCUUUCACGGGUGUGCUUAUGGCAAUCACUAUUAACACGGUGUGCUAAUGUCAAUCACUAUUAACACGGUGUGCUAAUGUCAAUCACUAUUAACACGGUGUGCUAAUGGCAGUCACUAUUAACACGGUGUGCUAGUGGCAAUCACUAUUAACACGGUGUGCUAAUGGCAGUCACUAUUAACACGGUGUGCUAAUGGCAGUCACUAUUAACACGGUGUGCUAAUGGCAAUCACUAUUAACACGGUGUGCUAAUGGCAAUCACUAUUAACACGGUGUGCUAAUGUCAAUCACUAUUAACACGGUGUGCUAAUGGCAGUCACUAUUAACACGGUGUGCUAAUGUCAAUCACUAUUAACACGGUGUGCUAAUGGCAAUCACUAUUAACAUGGCGUGCUAAUGGCAGACACUAUUAACACGGCGUGCUAGUGGCAAUCACUAUUAACACGGUGUGCUAAUGUCAAUCACUAUUAACACGGUGUGCUAAUGUCAAUCACUAUUAACACGGUGUGCUAAUGGCAAUCACUAUUAACACGGUGUGCUAAUGGCAGUCACUAUUAACACGGUGUGCUAGUGGCAAUCACUAUUAACACGGUGUGCUAAUGGCAGUCACUAUUAACACGGUGUGCUAAUGGCAGUCACUAUUAACACGGUGUGCUAAUGGCAAUCACUAUUAACACGGUGUGCUAAUGGCAGUCACUAUUAACACGGUGUGCUAGUGGCAAUCACUAUUAACACGGUGUGCUAAUGGCAGUCACUAUUAACACGGUGUGCUAAUGGCAGUCACUAUUAACACGGUGUGCUAGUGGCAAUCACUAUUAACACGGUGUGCUAAUGGCAGUCACUAUUAACACGGUGUGCUAAUGGCAGUCACUAUUAACACGGUGUGCUAAUGGCAAUCACUAUUAACACGGUGUGCUAAUGGCAAUCACUAUUAACACGGUGUGCUAAUGUCAAUCACUAUUAACACGGUGUGCUAAUGGCAAUCACUAUUAACACGGUGUGCUAAUGUCAAUCACUAUUAACACGGUGUGCUAAUGUCAAUCACUAUUAACACGGUGUGCUAAUGGCAGUCACUAUUAACACGGUGUGCUAAUGUCAAUCACUAUUAACACGGUGUGCUAAUGGCAAUCACUAUUAACAUGGCGUGCUAAUGGCAGACACUAUUAACACGGCGUGCUAGUGGCAAUCACUAUUAACACGGUGUGCUAAUGUCAAUCACUAUUAACACGGUGUGCUAAUGUCAAUCACUAUUAACACGGUGUGCUAAUGGCAAUCACUAUUAACACGGUGUGCUAAUGGCAGUCACUAUUAACACGGUGUGCUAGUGGCAAUCACUAUUAACACGGUGUGCUAAUGGCAGUCACUAUUAACACGGUGUGCUAAUGGCAGUCACUAUUAACACGGUGUGCUAAUGGCAAUCACUAUUAACACGGUGUGCUAAUGGCAAUCACUAUUAACACGGUGUGCUAAUGUCAAUCACUAUUAACAC